AUACUUUUUCCGCUUAUCUGGAAAAGAAAUAAGCAGUUUUAGCAAUGAGCAGAGUGAUUUUGCCAAUCAGUUUUUUGAAUGGGAUAUAACUGAGCUACAGCCUGCUUUGUCUGCAGCCUUGUAUCUUCAUGUGGUACAAGAAAAGAAAGGAGAGGAUGUUUUGGGCAUCAUUCGGAAGCCACUGGAUUACCUUGACCAGAUUCUUACCAAAAAGGGUACCUCUUACCUCACUGGGGAUGUUGAAUCAGCUGCUGAUAUUGUCUUAUGGGGAUCUCUGUUUCCUUUGUUAAGAGAUGAUUCCUUCUUACCAAAUGAGCUGAAAGCUCUGAGGAGUUGGUUCCAGAACAUGAACCUGAAGGAGUACUGCAGAAAGGCAGUGGAAUCUGUAUGGACACCCAAGGGAUUGCUGGAACUUAAAGCCUAUCUACAGAAACAUCCUACUCCCAGUUUGUCUUUUGAGAAAUCAGCUACCAAUGAAGCCAAGGAAGAGGAAUCGGCCCAGCAGCAUUUGUCUGAUGUGGAGAUUGAAGCUAUUGCUCAAAUCUGGACCAGAGGACCUGCCAGCCUUCCUAGCCCCUGGAAACCACAGCACCCUAUAUUGCCUGUGGAAGGCAUGAAGAAUGUGCUAAUCACAAGUGCGCUGCCAUAUGUAAACAAUGUGCCUCAUCUUGGAAAUAUCAUUGGCUGUGUUCUCAGUGCUGAUACAUUUGCCAGAUACUGUCGUCUACGCAACUGGAACACCCUCUAUAUAUGUGGUACUGAUGAAUAUGGUACUGCCACAGAGACAAAGGCCAUGGAGGAAGGACUGACACCACAACAGAUCUGUGAUAAAUACUAUUCUAUCCAUGCACAAAUCUACCAGUGGUUCAACAUCUCUUUUGACUACUUUGGUCGCACAACCACAGCCCAUCAGACCACAAUAGCACAAACCAUCUUCCAACAGUUGCUGGAGCGCAACUAUCUCCUGAGAGAGACAGUGGACCAGUUGAAGUGUGAGAAAUGUGCAAGAUUCCUAGCAGACCGAUUUGUGGAAGGCAUUUGCCCUUUCUGCAACUAUGAAGAAGCCCGUGGAGAUCAGUGCGACAAAUGUGGCAAGCUCAUAAAUGCCACUGAACUUAAGAAACCAGUGUGCAAAAUCUGCCAAGGAACCCCUGUAGUGAAAUCUUCUCAGCACCUUUUCCUGGAUCUACCCAAGUUAGAAGAGAGUCUGGAGAAAUGGUUGGCUGUGUCCCAGUCCAGUGGGGAUUGGACCCCCAACUCAAGGUACAUCGCCCGCUCCUGGAUCCGGGAUGGCCUCAAACCACGUUGCAUCACUCGUGACUUGAAGUGGGGCACACCAGUUCCACUUGAUGGCUUCCGUGAGAAGGUGAGGAAUGGGACAGAGGGAGACAUUUUUUCUGUGAUUGAAUGUCACACUAUUAUAGACAUAAAAUAUAAAGGCACCCCCCACCAAAUUCAGCUUUAUAACUUCAUGGCCAAGGAUAAUGUUCCCUUCCACAGUGUUGUAUUUCCUUGCACAUUGCUGGGCACUGGUGAUAAUUAUACUCUGGUCAACCAUCUAAUUGCAACAGAAUAUUUGAACUAUGAGGAUGGCAAAUUCUCCAAAAGCCGUGGUGUGGGAGUUUUUGGCGAUAUGGCCAAGGACACCGGCAUUCCUGCAGACAUCUGGCGCUUUUAUCUGCUCUACUUGCGGCCAGAGAGCCAAGACAGUGCCUUCUCUUGGAAUGAUCUCAUGACCAAAAACAACUCAGAGCUGCUGAACACCCUUGGCAAUUUUAUCAAUAGGUGACUCCUUUGUUCCAAAAGUUGGAGGCUGAACAAAUUGAGAACUUGAGGAAGCGUUUCGGUGGAGGACAGUUUGAAGACUUCCCACUGAAGCCAAAGCAAAAAGCAUCUGCAAAUAUCCAGAAAACUUUGGGAGGGAAGGAACAUCAGGAAGGAGAACGGGGUAACCAUGUAAAAAACGCAAAGGCCCAGAGUGCCAGAAAAGAGCAAGUUGAAGUCAUGGUCUCAGACCUGGUGGAACUACAGAAGCAGCACCAUGUGGUAGAAGGAAAAGGGAAAAAGAAAAAGUGACCAGCGGAGCUGUGAUUGCGAUCAAGACGUCUCAGGUUCAUUUGGUUUGUGACAAUUGCUAGCAACUGUGAUCCCGUUUAAUUUUUUCCUUUUAUUAGUCUUUCUGUGACUCCCACACACAGUUCCAGAACCUUCAAACGGUUGGAUUACACAGGACAAAAUAAAUACUUUAUUGCUCUUUA